CCGACAGCUGUCGUGACGGAAUUUCGUUGGUCUAUCUCGACGGCAAAAAACGUCUCGAUUAUAUCCAGUAGCUAUUAUACACGUCAGUGAUGGAUAGUGAUAGUUGGCGCGUAGUUUACAUACGAGCGUAGAUGCGUAGUGUUUGAUUGUGACAGAGUUGCGUUUGUUGAUUGAUCGCGACAAAAAAAUAAUCGGCGAUUUAGUCGACGAUUUGCGACAAUCGUCAUCCGUCAAUUGUUACGUUCUGCCGAUGUGCUCCGAUCGAGAGAGGCGAAAAUUUUGGAGUAAUCAGCGACAUUGACUGACAGCUUCCACGUCGAGUGACGAAACGAUUUGUUUUCUUUCGCAGGCAAAGCGAGAACUCAAAAUGGCAGACGACAAAAACGACGACACGCUGGAGCGAGAUUCGGAAAGUAAAUUGGAUCCGGCGGAGGAGAGAUCGCGGUAUUUUAAAAAAUUGGAGAAAUGGCUCCAGGAGGCGUACGCUUGGCAAAGUGUUGCAGCGAUGUUUCCCUAUUACGUGAUGUCGGGACACAUUGCGAAUCCGACACCCGCUUCAACAGCCUUUCAACCAAAUCAAGGCCCAACAGCAUCGAAUAGACCAGGAGUGAUAAUUGGAAAUACAGACAGACAGAACGAGGAAGUGAGACAAAGGAGGCAGGAACAACCGGGUCCUUUCCAACCCCCUGGAGCUGAAGGUUACGAAUAUCGCGUUCCUCCGAUUUGGAAAAGAUUCGCCGCGGAAUUUAUAGACUCAACGAUGCUAUUUCUUUUGAAGUUCUCCAUCACCUUUAUCGCAAUCGACGUGUUCGAUUUUAUAGAAAUUGAAGACUUGGAUUUAUUGCAAACUAAUUUGCGUAUUGAUUACAAAAUGGCUUUAGAAAUGACUUAUGGAAUUCUGAUCUUGGAAGUGAUUCAUCGUGUGAUAGUUUGUAUCUUUGAGGCCUUUUGGCUUCAACACGGUGUGUACGGUUUCAUCGGAGGCGCCACUCCCGGCAAGUACAUGAUGGGCUUGCGGGUGGUUCAAUGCCGAAGUAUAACCCCCGUGGAACGUCCGAAUGAGCCGGACGUGGUCCUGGUGAGUCCCGGGACCGAUCUGGGUCUGCCGUUGGCAUUGGGUCGAUCGGUGGUGAAAAACUUUGUGCUGGCGUUUUUGUUCCCGAUCUGCUUCUCGUUGUUUUUCUUCAGAUUUAACAGAACCGGUUACGAUCUAAUCUGCAAUUCCAUCGUUGUGGAGGAUCCCUAUAGAAAUUCGAACAACAAUCGGAUACACCAGCAGUAGCCCGUCUGAGAGAGAGGGAAAAGGGAUGCUGUAUGGAAAUCUGUGAUGUGUACAUAUGUAAUGGCUGUCUGUGCUUCUUGUACCAAUGUAUGCGUGCGAGAUUAUGCGUGUGUAUAUGGCGUGUAUAUAAAUGUAAAAAAUAAAAAUAAUUAUUAUUACCGCGAAAA